UAUCUAGAUAUUUGUGUCAUAACUCAAACUUGUUUGCAUAUGGUUUGGUGAUUCCAUGCUCGGUACGUUUUUUAGAUGUAUGAGAUUAAAAAUAAGCAACAAGUUCUUUAAUAUCAGAACUGAUCAAUUAAAUUUGUCAUAAAGAACGUGAAAUAUAUUUAAAAUAUAAACGAACUAAGAGAGUAAAUAUUAAACAAGAAAAACAACAUAAUAAUUUUGAUUAUUCUCAAGAUAUCAGUGAACUUUUUAAAUGGGCACCGUUGAGUAUGGUUUUCCAGUGAUAGGCGGGUUGAUGCCGCAAAUACAAGCUCUCAUAGCUCCACCAAUAUCUGAAGACUCCAGGAUAGCUAAGGCAAAAAAGGAAAAAGAGGAGAAGAAACAUCCAUACUUUAAAAGACGAGGACGUGGUCAUAAUCGUGACUUUUGCGAUGCUUGUAAAGACGGCGGAGAACUCAUAUGCUGUGAUAAAUGUCCAGCUUCUUAUCAUUUACAGUGCCACUAUCCUGCGGUGGAUCCAACAGAUAUUCCCAAUGGUGAAUGGUUGUGUUAUGCCUGCCGUUGUGCUCCUAAAAGAGAGCUGUUAGAUGGUAAAACAAAUGAAAAGAAAAAGAAAAAGUCUGCUUUGGAAGUAUUAGCCUUGGCAGCUUCUCUGGUGAAUCCAAGAGAAUUUGAGCUACCUAAAGAAUUGCAAUUGCCUAUAAUGUUUCCUGGAAGUAAUAAACUGGAUUAUGUAUCUGGUAGAAGGGGUAAACAGUUGAGCUCCUCCUACAAUAAUGUUGGAAAGAGUCAUUGUUUGGAUAGCAACUUAAUGGUUCCAUUGCCAGCUCGUCUGUGUUUUCAAUGUGGACGCAGCUGCAGGAAGGCUCCAUUAAUCCCAUGUGAUUAUUGUCCAUUAUACUUUCAUCAGGACUGUUUAGAUCCCCCGUUAACUGCCUUUCCUAUUGGUAGAUGGAUGUGCCCUAAUCAUCCAAAUCACUUUAUAGAUCAAAAUUUAUUGACUUCUUAUAGAGUGACAGAACGCAUGAAGCUUUGGGACAAAUAUGCCAAUCAGCCAAUAGAUCAGCAUGCAGUUAAAGUAGAAUUUAUGCGUAAAGCACGCACUGUCAAUCCGUUAUUUCGUACGAAAAUGAAAUUGGAAUGUCGUCCAAGGAUAACAGUUCCUGCAAGUGUAAAAUGGCAUUAUAAGAAUCCAUCACAAUUAGUUCCUUUACAACAUAAUCAAGACUUUUUUAUAUUGCCAGUAGAGAAUACUAUAGAUAAAGACAAGCAACAUACAAAUUUCGAUAAAACAGACAGUAAUAAAGAUAAUAGUAUAGAAAAUACUAAAAUUAAAGAAACCUGUGAUAAAAAAGAAAGAGAGGAAUAUGAUACAACUAAGAAUGAAAAAAGUGAUCAAGAGGAAAUAAUGAACAAAAAUGAAUGUGGAAAGCAAAGUAAAUUGAAUAAAAUGAAAAUUGAAUCUACAAUUGAUAAUUCUAAAGAAUACAAUAAUCUCCAGCUUCAUGCAAAAUAUCGUGGUUAUACCAUCAACGAGAGCGUCAAAUUGUUAGAAAGACCAGUAUUAGAGAUAUUAGCGCAACAAAGAUUAUGGCAAAUAUUAAAUCCAGAUGGAGAGCAAAUAUCAAAUCCAAAUGGACAGAGUUACGAAGCGAUAAAUUAUAAAAGGGCUAGAGCCGCAUUAUGCCUUUUAAGCUCUACACCUAAAUUACCAGCUUUUAUGAUUUAUAGAACAUUUGCUAUCGGCAAUGGCCCAAACUGUGAUCUGAUUUUAUCUAAUUAUGGUAGCUGUAGAUCCACAUCCUCUAGACAUGCAAUUAUAUUUUUUGAUGAGAUAACCAGAUGUUAUGAAUUACUCAAUUACAGCGAAUAUGGAACAGUGGUAGACAAUGUGCUAUAUGAUUUUGACGUUUCUGACGAUGAAGAAAUAAAAGAGGAAAAGACUGAUAAAGUAACAAAAAAUAUUAAGAAUGAGGAAACUUUCGAAAUAACAAAAAAGAUUUUGCAUAAAGAAGAAGUAACCUGCUUGCAAGAAAACGUGCUCAAUGAUGACAAGAUUAUAUGUAAAUGUAACAUGAGAGUUGAUGCGUAUCUAGAAAAAGAAGAAGAUGAAGAAACUGCAAUUAUCGAACAUGGUUCAAUUAUUGCUUUUGGAUGUCUCAAAUUUGUAUUUAAUAUAUUGAAUGCACAUGUAAAUGAUUAAAAUUUUUUAUUG